AUGAGCCAAUGCGCGACUUGUCAUGCAAGUCUUGCUCUGAAAAAGUAUAUGAAGAAGAAAGUUGUUGCUGCUGCUGUUGCUGCUGCUGGAGUGACUCUAGUUCCAGCUCUAAGUCCUGUUCAAGCUGUACUUGCCCAUGCAAAUCCUCAUCUACUUCCUCGUCUUCCUCGUCUUCGUCGUCGUUGUCUUCAUCCUCAUCUUCAUCUUCAUCGUCAUCAUCUUCGUCUAAAUCAUCGAGCACUAGUUCCUUUUCUUCCAUUUGCACUUGCUCAUCGACAACAUCGUCAUCAUCGAAGUCGUCAUGUUCGUCAUCGUCAUCAUCAUCGACUUCCUGCUGUUGUCAAUGCCAUCAGCGCAGAUCAAAGAGCACAAAGCGCUGCAAGGGCAAAACUAGCAAGAGCAAGCGCUGCACUAGCACCAAACGAAAAGAAUCGCAUUGCAAGCCACGUGCCCACAGCUCAAGACGAUAGGGGCUUGAAUAAUGAUGGCACUAGAGGCUCACGAAGUCUACCGGAGUUAAUGCUCACUUCCCCGUUGACAAGUUUAGCCAUCCACUUUCAAAUAAUUUUCUGCCUUUCAACAAUUGUUUUAGGAUAUGUCGUUCGAGUUGGCAUUAAACCUUUUGGUCAAUUUUUGUUAUCCUCCUUUUUAGAGGAGGCUAAGUGUGUGGGUCAUCAUUCGACUAAAAUGAUGUCAAAAAGUUGUCACAGUUACUUCCUUUACGAGACGUGCAGCAUGGCCUACGGUCCAGAAUCAAGAAACUUUAAUGACCUCAUACCCAGGCACGCUCUCUUCCAGUCCGUCGAUGCUCUCAUAAUAAAACGCGAUGAUUACGGUCAACCACUGCCGCAUGCAGAGGCAGUGAGGACGCGUGGCAAAUCCUGCAUUUCAAGGUCGGUGCCGGCGUACCCAUCUGUGAGAGAAAAAACCGCUCAUCGAUUGGCCUCCUUGGAUUCCGACGGUUCCACAAGUCGCUCCGACUCCCCGGCUUCCUCUGCUUCUUCAUUCAGGCGCAUGGGGAGACCACCACCCCGAAGGAGGUUUUCAAGGUCGCAGGUUCGACGGACACCGCCAAGAAAUAUGUCCCCGAAUUACAGCAUCGAUCGGAUGCUUUCUAGCAGUCCCUAUAUGCAGUCGGAAUAUCCAAAAGCACAUUAUGAAAGGGCACCGAACAGGGCGCCGACGGAGAUAAAUGGUGAACCGGUCUAUUACAGAAAUUCUCGCCUCGCACAUCUGGCAAAAGUCAAGCCGCGCCCGCAGAAGUUUACAGAGAUUCCUAAGACACAGGCCAAGAAAACGCCAAAGCAUCAGCCAAAGAGGAAGCACCACGGAUACGCUAGGAAAUCCUCCACAUCUUCGUCGUCAUCUUCAUCGUCAUCAUCGUCGUCUUACUCCUCAUCUUCGUCGCCAUCCUCGUCUUCGAGAUCUUGUUCUUCAUCCUCAUCAACCUCGUCCUCGUCAGAAUCGAGAAGAAGACACCAUAAGUCAGAUGGCCGAGCAAACCACAAAAGGGGCCACUCCAGUCAUUUUCACGCCAAACACACUCAUUUCCAUUCAGAUCACUCGAAUCGGCACCACUCCAAUCAACCAACGAGACAGGGCCCCAUAAACAUUAAUGGCAGAGAUCCCAUCUCCCUUCAAAUAGAAAUCAUCUCAUCGAAAGGCAGUAAGAAACAAAACAAUACGUCCUCUGAGGCAUCAUCCAGUUCUGACACUCCGUACCCAGACACCAGAGGUGGACGCCAAGCAACUCCUCGGGGAAGAUCAGGUGUCAAUCUCAAAGCUAAUCACAAUCUUGAUGGAUGCUUUAAAUUUAUGGUACGAAGUAGUGGAACGCUCCGAUCAGAGGCAUCCAAGGAGAAUAAGCUCAAUCCGGAAAACUUAGCACAGAAAAUAUGUGCCAUCAACUGCAUGACUCCGUUCCUUUUCAUUCUACUUUUUAUUUACUGA